AGCCUCAGAGGCGCCAAGGAGGUCAGCAGGACUAGAAAGACACAACCAGCGAAAAGGCAUUCAGGGAGAGACACCGUGUCUACAGAGGUUGAGGAUCUGAAUCUUCCACAUUACUUAGGGUCUGGAGGAACAGGGAAAUUGGCAUUCUCUGAACGCAGGCGCUCACCCGCAGCCUAACUCCAUUUGGGGUCCCUUACCGUAGUAAUCGAGGUCCUAGAGAGACCCGCGUAGAGCCAAUGGUUAUGGACUAGAGUCACGAUUGGGCGGAGUUCGGAGAGGCGGGGCUUAGUGGAAAGGGGGCGGUGACGAGAUGAGGGGCGGGGCCACCGGGCUGAGGGGCGGGACGCGCGGCAGAGCCAAACUACGCUGAGAGUGUGAAGAUGGCAGCUGCCGACGAGCCGAAGCCGAAAAAGCUCAAGGUGGAAGCGCCACAAGCGCUGAGUGAAAAUGUACUGUUUGGAAUGGGAAAUCCUCUUCUUGACAUCUCUGCUGUUGUAGACAAAGAUUUCCUUGAUAAGUAUUCUCUGAAACCAAAUGACCAGAUCUUGGCUGAAGACAAGCACAAGGAAUUGUUUGAUGAACUUGUAAAAAAAUUCAAAGUUGAAUAUCAUGCUGGUGGCUCUACGCAGAAUUCAAUGAAAGUGGCUCAGUGGAUGAUCCAGGAGCCACACAAAGCAGCAACAUUCUUCGGAUGCAUUGGGAUAGAUAAGUUUGGGGAGAUCCUGAAGCGUAAAGCUGCUGACGCUCAUGUGGAUGCUCAUUACUAUGAGCAGAACGAGCAGCCAACGGGAACGUGUGCUGCGUGCAUCACUGGUGGCAACAGGUCCCUUGUUGCUAACCUUGCUGCCGCCAAUUGUUAUAAGAAAGAAAAGCACCUUGAUCUGGAGAGGAACUGGAUGCUGGUAGAAAAAGCCAGAGUUUACUACAUAGCUGGCUUCUUUCUCACGGUCUCCCCAGAGUCGGUAUUGAAAGUGGCUCGCUACGCUGCUGAGAACAACAGGAUCUUCACUUUGAACCUGUCCGCACCGUUCAUUAGCCAGUUCUUCAAGGAUGCCUUGAUGGAUGUCAUGCCCUAUGUUGACAUCCUCUUUGGAAAUGAGACGGAAGCUGCCACUUUUGCUAGAGAGCAAGGCUUUGAGACUAAAGACAUUAAAGAAAUAGCCAAAAAGGCUCAGGCUCUUCCAAAGGUGAACUCGAAGAGGCAGAGGACCGUGAUCUUCACACAAGGGAGAGAUGACACCAUCGUGGCUGCAGAAAAUGAUGUCACUGCUUUUCCUGUCUUGGAUCAAAACCAGGAAGAGAUCAUUGACACCAAUGGAGCUGGAGACGCAUUUGUUGGAGGGUUUCUGUCUCAACUGGUCUCUGACAAGCCUCUGACUGAAUGCAUCCGCGCCGGCCACUAUGCAGCAAGCGUCAUAAUUAGACGAACUGGCUGUACUUUUCCCGAGAAGCCAGACUUCCACUAAUGGAAGAAAGAAAACUCAGGCUAUGGAGUGGAGACUGCAGUGCUCGUGUCCUGAGCGUUCCUGCCAUAAGAAAGAAUAAAAUUAUCUUCUGUCUUUGCCCACCAUGAUUCUCAUUAUUAACUUAGAGGGUUCAGUGCUACUCCAAGAACCUUUAGUCUGUCUGAAAUCUGGGAGAAAAUGUUUAUUUCCAUAGUCUGUUAGUGCCUCUUAAAUGUCAAACAGGAAUAACAUUUCAGUAGAACCUUUAAUUUCAUUUUCAAUUGUUUGUAAAUUCAUCAGUAUUUAGUAAAUUGAUCAUUUUUUUUAUAUUUCUGCUUCCAAUGCAGGUGCAAUUUAAUAUAAUAGACUUUUUAAAGAAAUUAAUGCUGACAUCAUUCUUGAGCUUUUUAUAUAAAUAUAUUUAAUUUGGAAGCGUGUAUACAUACACGUCAUAUAUAUAUAUAUAUACCUGAUAAUUGUCAAAUAAGGUACAGAAAUGUUUAUCACACCAAAUUACUCCUCCUAAGCUCUUUGUGUGCUUCAGACAUCUGAUGGACUUGAGACAACCGGUUAAUCAACAACGUUUGCAUCAUGUUCAGACUGUAUCCUGCUUAUUGAUGUCACUCUGUAAUUUGAUACAAAUAAAUAAAAUUGCCAUAUAGGGAUUGUUUUUCCUGUCUCGCUUGUGCUCAAUAAAACAAGGAAGAAAGCGUGUUAUUUA